GCGGCUAGUGUAGCUGUGAGCCCAGGCAACAGAUGGUGGCGCCGGGGAGGACAUCCAGCACGGAGCGAGUGGGGUGUGGGCACUGAUGGAGGACUUCUGAGGAGCCGGCAGAGCUGUGUGUCUAAUUCGGCACCAGAAACGGGCCCAUUCGUUCAGACUUCUUUGAGAACGGACACACACAGCCUUGUAUUUUGCCCUUUUCACUUUGUUUUACUGCCGAAGGCCGCAGAAGCCUUGGGCUGGAUUUGGACAGAGGCCGAUUCGAGUGCAGGAAGUCAGUUCAGUAAGGUUGUUUGUAAAGUCUCAUAAAAUGUGUUUGCCGCCCGCUGGACGUUGGAGCUUGUAACGCACCAAUGCUGUACAACCAGUCGAGUUUGCACAGUAGCGAAACGUUCAACCGACGCGGAUUAGAAAGUUUAAGAGUCAGGCUAGCAAUUUAGCUAGUGUUAGCAUUGAUAAAAUGCUGGCUGGUUAGCUAGCUAGCUACUCCGUAGCGAAACUCUUCCAAGUUGAAUGAAUGAACGAACUGGUGUCCACCCACACUUAACUCGCAACUGCUUGCUGUUACCACACGAGUGACACACACGACACGGACGUUGUUUAACAGAGUGGAGUUAAGCCUUUCUGGCUAAUUAUUUGACUGUUACACUACAUACCCACAAAUGAGAAGGGAUGCGGUUUCUGGGAAUUGGACAGUGGCGAUUUAGCACGCACACAUCGUGCUAAUAGAGAGCAUAGCUUGGUAAUGCUGAGGGAAGCUAACUUCAGCUAGCUACAGAUAUCGGCACUACUCGGACCUGGCUGCAGUAGCGUGACGCUUACACGCGGGUUGGGAUGGGGAACACGGUGUCAUGCUGCGUCUCUCCCGAGUCGAGCCCCAAGCUGCCGUCGAGGCAACCGGCGGAGCGGCUGGAGGAGUUCCAGACCAGCACCGAAGUGAGCGACGAUAACACCGUGCCGUACCUGCAGCACAUCAGCGACAGGGAGGUCCCCGAUGAGUUGGCCUUGGAGUCAAACCCAUCAGACCAUGCUAGAGCGAGCACCAUCUUCCUUAGCAAGUCCCAGACAGACGUAAGAGACAAGAGGAAAAGUAACCACAUUAAUCAUAUUAGCCAUACAUCUCCCGGACCUCUGUCAAAGAAGUACAGUUCCUGUUCUACAAUCUUCAUAGAUGACAGCACUGUCAGCCAGCCGAACCUCAAAAGCACAAUUAAAUGUGUUACGUUAGCAAUAUACUACCACAUCAAAAACAGGGAUUCGGACAGAUCACUGGACAUCUUUGAUGAGAAGUUUCAUCCUUUAUCAAGAGAACCAGUACCAGACGACUACUCCUGCGUAGACCCAGAACACAAACUGAUCUACCGCUUUGUCAGGACACUCUUCAGUGCUGCUCAACUCACUGCAGAAUGUGCCAUUGUCACACUGGUGUACUUGGAGCGCCUGCUGACCUACGCUGAGCUGGAUAUCUGCCCUGCCAACUGGAAGCGCAUCGUCCUGGGGGCAAUUUUGUUGGCCUCUAAGGUCUGGGAUGACCAGGCUGUGUGGAAUGUGGAUUACUGCCAGAUCCUUAAAGAUAUCACGGUGGAGGAUAUGAAUGAGAUGGAGCGCCACUUUCUAGAACUCCUCCAGUUUAAUAUCAACGUGCCAGCCAGUGUCUAUGCCAAGUACUACUUUGAUCUACGGCAGCUGGCAGACGACAACAACCUCAGCUUCCCUCUGGAGCCUCUCAACAACCAGCGUGCCCAGAAACUAGAGGCCAUUUCAAGACUGUGCGAGGACAAGUACAAGGAACUGAGCCGAGCAGCAAUGAGGCGAUCGAUCAGUGCAGACAACCUGAUAGGUAUACGGCGCUCCAACGCUGUGCUGUCUUAGGCCUGGGCUGCUGCCAUCUGAACUCCCCUUUGAUUUCCAAAGUCCAGCCCAUCAUCAUCAUCAUCAUCCACAUCUAACCCCAGACAAACAUGGCCACCAGAGCCACAUGAGGCUUGAAAUGACACUGUAUGACUUGCUCAAAGGUAAUAUGUAUUACACUUCCUAAGCCACAGUGGUGUCAAACUGAACAUUCUGGGAUCUUUACUUAAAUCAACACCAUGUAUUAUUAUUGUUUUUAUGCCCCUAUUUAUUAUGUAGUUAUCCCUUAUUUCCAAGUAAUGGGUUAACAGGGAUCACUGUUGCAUCUGAUAUCGGAGGAGUAGUCCCGGAAUUCUUUGGAACGUUUGGAAGUAUUCCGUUUAGUUUUUUUGGCUGAGACAAGUAAAUUUUUUUUAUUUGGUUAAUGUCACCAAAUCUUAUGAAAAGACCCAGCCAGUUACUGCACUCAGGGCCAACGACAAUACUUAAGUGUGUUACUGUGAUCACAACUUGAAGGCAUAGGCCACAGAGGUAAACACACACACACGCGCACACACACACACACACACACACAGAGAACCUUAUCCCUAGAGAAUACUGUUGGCUUUGGGCUUUUUGUGGGAUUUGUUGACCGUAAGAGAAAUGGAGAAUGUCGCCACAGGUUUCCUUUUACUAAAAAAGGCACAAGAAAUUGUACUUGUAAAUUAGAAUUAAUACCAAAAUCAGAGGCGUUAAUAUCAGUAGUGUUGAAUUCAGUUGAGUAAAUUAUUUACCCAUGUACACUGAGCAUAUAGCAUGUCUGAGAAAAUAAGGCAUCAAACUAAAAUAUUCGAGGAACGUUGGCUGAAGUGAGCAGUCAGCCUGUCUGCUGUAACGUGCAUGACUACAGGUGGUCAGUCAGAGGCUUGGUGGAUGCAUAUUGCCACUGAGUGGCCUGAUACAGUAGUUAGGUUGACAUUGUGUUGCUUGGUCCAGUGUCCAGCCUGAGUAUUGUGUCCCUAAAAUCCUGCCACCCUCGCUGCGCCUCAGAGACCCCACCCCCACCCCACAUUACCAAGCCAGUGCUUGUCCUGGAGCCCGAGAGCUUUCAAACAAACUACAUAGAAAUGAGGAGGGGAAAAAAAGACUGAUGGAUACUCUUCUCCUUUUUGCUUACUAUGUAGGCUACUAGCUGUGAAAUUUGUCUCGUUUUUAAUUGAAACACAAAUUUGCAGAUGGAGUAUUUUAAAUAAACACUAAUCGUAUAACAAAAA